UAGUCAUUCAAUUUUAUAAAAAUUUAAAUGUACAUUUAUUCACGUUCUAAGUUGAAGGAAUGUUAAUGGGAUACUAAUGUAUUAUGCCAAAAAUAGUCCAAGUCAUCACGUGGACCUACGUGUCGAUCAGAUCCAUCCAAAUCAUACAGUGGGUCAGCAGAUCACAGCUGUCAAACUAAAACAGAGCCAGGGCUUUCUAUAAAUAAGCCUCUUUAUUUCAUUGUUUUUUCAUCAUAAGGUCUUUGAUCCCAUUACAAACCUCCCCUGACCAAACCUGUUUAGCCUUUCUCAUAAUCUCUUGUUUAAUAUCCCUCACAGAUCUCUUCUUUUGUCUAAUCCCUCGAUUUGUUAAUUGUUAUUGCCCAUUGUUUUGUUUUACUUAGUUUGUUCAUUGGAUUGAUUAAUCUUGUUUGAGGAAAAAAAAAAGGGAAAAAAUGAAGGGGAAUACUGGAAAUCCACUGGCUUUGACAUCCCUGAAUCAUAUCUCCCUUGUCUGUAGAUCAGUUGAAAAAUCUAUUGAAUUUUACAAGAAUGUUCUUGGUUUUGUGCCUGUUAGGAGGCCUGGAUCAUUCAAUUUUAAUGGCGCUUGGCUGUUUAGUUACGGAAUUGGGAUUCAUUUGCUUCAAUCGGAAGAUCCUGAGGAAAUGCCAAAGAAAACUGAAAUCAAUCCCAAAGAUAACCACAUCUCUUUCCAGUGUGAGAGCAUAGAUGCAGUGGAGAAAAAAUUAACAGAAAUGGGAAUAAAAUACGUGAGGCAGCUAGUGGAAGAAGGAGGUAUAUACGUGGAUCAAUUAUUUUUCCAUGACCCAGAUGGCUUCAUGGUUGAGAUAUGCAACUGUGACAACUUGCCAGUGAUUCCACUGGCUGGCGAAAUGCCUCGGUCAUGCUCGAGGGCUAAUAUCCAGUUGCUUCAACCUCAACAAGCACAGCAACAAUCCGUAGUACAAGUCCCAGUGAUCAAGCCUUAGAAGGAGUAUCGAGUAUAUAAGUUCAAUGUUCCACAUUUUGGAUCUAGUUCAUGUUUCAGUAGAAUCAAGAGUGACUGAUUGAUUACCUGAAAAAUGUUUGUUACUUGUACUAUUUGUUUUCUAGUGAGUAUUUUAUGCGUUUGGGACUUGUUUUCUUAGGUUUGUUAGUAAUAAGACAAAUUGCCAAUUGUGUAGAUUUGGAGUUUGUGUAUGAGUUGGUGAUCUCAUGGAUUCCUUAAUCGGUUUUGAGUA